UCGUCCUCGAAUUGCCCCGAAUCUCCACCCUACCAUAUAUUAAUAAUCGCAGUUACAAGGCGCAUCCACAACCGCACGCUAUUGACCCGCUACCCAUAACAUCCUACAACAUGUUCGGCUAUAACCCGUACGGAGACUACUCCAACCCAUACGCAUAUUCGCGCGCCGCGCCUGUAUACUCACCCGAUCAAGACUACCUGCAGGCCCUCGCUGAUGAGCGCGCGGCGCGCGAGCAGUACUUCGCCGCCCGCCGCGCACAAGAAGAGGUCCGCGAGCGUGCUGCCCGUGCGCGCGCGGCGCGUCAGGCCUACACGCCGUACAACUCAUACUACUUUGACGACGACGGCACUCACGAGGACAAUGACUCCUACGACGGCGCGUACAGCGCCUCUCCGUAUGGCAGCUACGGAUACGGUAUGUCGCCCGCCGCCCGCCAGCGGAGAGUCAUGGCGGAACAGCAAAGGAGGCGCGAGCAGCUGGAGAGGGAGCAAGAGCGCUUAAGACUGGAGGAGGAACGGAGGAAGCUCGCGCAGGAGAGGCGGGCUAUGAAGGAAGAGCGGAUGCGGCAGCUCCUGGCCGACGAGCAGAGGCGGCGAGACGAAGAAGAGCUGUAUCGUCAGCGGGCGCACCAAUAUGAUCCUUUCCUGCGCGGCUUCGGCUGGCUGCCUGGGGACGGGGACUUGAACACUCGCACUACGCGGACACCGUUGCGUUCACAGACCGUCGCACCGUCGAAUAGGCGACAACCGACAUACAACCCCUUGCACGCCAUGCAUACUCAUCUGAACCCUGCCGGUGCUGGCACAAGAUCGUCUUCUGUCCCAGCGCACCAACCACCCAGCCCCGUCCCGCGGCACGCAGGCACGUCCCCGCGGCACACCAUCGCCAUCCGCACGCCUUCGCCGAAAGAGAGGACGAAUUCCCCGCCCAAUUCGCCCGCGCCUCAGCACGUGCAGCAGUACACGCCGCAGCAGGAUGCCGCUGCGCGCAAGAUCCAGGAGACGUACCGCGCGCAUGCCGCACGCGCCAACGCGCUCCGCACCAUCGCCGGCCUCCGCACGCGCUUCGCCGGCCUGCGCUCAAACUUCGUCUUCCCCGCCGCGCUUGAUUUCGUCGUGCCCGGUGGCGGGCAGAUCGCGGUCCGCGCGGACGUGGAUGCAUUAGCGAGCGCAACGCAAGCCAGCCCGGACACAGAUGACGCCGCGGAGCCGACGCGCCCGGACGCAGAUGACGCCGCGGAGCCGACGCGCCCGGACCUUGCGUACACGCCGGGCAACGCGCCGCUGCACGCCUAUCUCGAGGAGCUCAGUCGGCUGCUGACCGCACUGGAUGCCGUGGAGAGCCGUGGCGUGGCGGAGGUCAAGGGCCGGCGGAGGGCCCUUGUGAGGGAGGUGGAGGGCGAGGCGGAGAGUGUGGAGAGGAGGGUGAGGGCGGUUUGGGCGGCGUGGGUGGAAAAGACGAAGACCAUCGCUGAGCCUUCUGGCUCUCAGUCACCAGCCGACCUCGAUCCGGCGCAUCGAACCGGCACAGCGGCCGAAGCACAUGCAGCUCCCGACUCGCAGCCACAGACUUCAGCAGAGACGUCGAUGGAGGUCGAGCGAACAUCGCCAGCGCAGCCCCAGUCGGACUGCUCUCCCGAAAGUCCAGAUACGGCCAUAGUGGAAGAAGUCGAAGACAAGGACGCUGAACCUCCCAUGAGCGCCGAGCCUCACACGCAGUUGUUUGAUGAUAGCGAGCGGAUGGAUGAGGCCCCUGACGAGAUAACUAUCGAGGUGAUCGAAGCAGAGCCCGAACCCCCAGAGGACGAGGAUGAGAUAAAGGCCGAUCUCCUCGAGGACGGCGAGAAGAUGCAGGUCGAGCCCGCCACA